AUGUCCGCAGUGCGGGCCAGGCUUGGCGGAGCAGCCAAGGUGCCUGGACCCGACGGAAUUCCCGGCAGGACAUGGGCCCUGGCGACGAGGGUGUUGGGCGACCGGCUAGGGCGGCUGUUUACCGCCUGCCUCAAGACCGGCGCCUUCCCCUCGCGGUGGAGGAGAAUCAAUCUGGUCCUCCUCCACAAAGAUGGCAAGCCGCCGGAGCAACCCACCGCAUACCGGCCUAUAUGCCUGCUGGACGAGGCGGGAAAGCUCUAUGAAGUGGACAGGAUGGCAAACGCAUUGUGUCGCCUCCUGCCCAAUCUCGGCGGUCCAGGUGCCAAGGUGCGGCACCUAUACACGAACACCGUCCGGUCGGUGUCCUUUUACGGGGCACCGAUUUGGACAAAUGACCUGAUGGCCAAUAAACGCGCUAGUGCCUUGGUUCAAAAGGCUGAUAGGCGCAUGGCCAUCAGGGUCGCCCGCUGUUACCGGACAGUUUUGUACGUGGCGUCCACGACCCUGGCGGGGAUGCCCCCGUUUAAUCUGGUCGCUGCUGUACGCGCCGAGGUUUAUCGGUGCGCGGUUAAGAUCGGACGGAGCGGCAUUUCCCCGGAAACCAUCCCCAGGGAAGUGGAGAAGAAGAAGGAGACGGAGACUCUGAUUCCAAACCCCCGGGUGCCUGGACCCGUUAGACGUGUUAUUCACGGCACCAGGAUAGAGGAGUAA